AACACAUUGUCCACUUUCUGUUAAGUCGCUGCAAACUCCUCUCACUCUGUGUAUCGGAUAAUUGUAUUGGUCAGUUAUGCCCAUAACUGUAACUUUGAACGGACCCUCGCCUUGGGGUUUUCGGCUCGUGGGCGGACGGGAUUUUAGUACACCGCUGACCAUUUCGAGGAUAACACCGGGAAGUAAAGCAGCUCUGAGUGACCUGUGCCCCGGAGACACAAUCUUGGCUAUUAAUGGGGACAGCACAGAGUCUAUGACACACAUGGAGGCCCAGAACAGAAUCAAAACCUCCACGAAGCAGCUCGUCUUAAACAUCAGCAGAUCUGAAAACAGAUGCUGGUCUCCAACUAUAAUAGAGGAGAACAAGACAAGUUCAUACAGAGGAUCCCUGGAGGCUGAGUCACAGAAUUUUCGCCCAAUCAGCAGAGGCUACAGCCCUACUUCCAGCUCAUCUUCCAAAAGCCCAACCCCAGUCACGCCUUUUAGCAAUGGAAAUGUGAGGCCUGUGCCACAAUACAACAACCCUGUCAGCCUGUACAACAAUGGCAACGGUGCCUUACCAAAACAAAUGGCCGGCCUCAGCCUCAGCUCUCCCAACAGCCCAGAAGCCCUGCACUUUCAGGAAAACCGCAAUGGGUUUGACACAGAGUCUGAAGUCUACAAGAUGCUGCAAGACCCAAAAGAACCAGUUUCUGCACCUAAACAGUCUGGAUCUUUCAAGUAUCUACAGGAAAUACUGGAGUCUGGAAACGGAGUUACUUCUCCAACAAAAUCUCCAGUGCGGUCCCCACUGCCUAAGCUGGGAAGCCCUAUUCCCAGUCCCAUCACUCCCCUCGCUGGAUUGCAGAAACUGACGCAGUGCACACGCUGUGGAAUUGGCAUUGUCGGGACCAUUGUAAAGGCCAGAGACAAGCUUUACCACCCAGAGUGCUUCAUGUGCGACGACUGCGGCCUGAACCUAAAGAAGCGAGGCUACUUCUUCAUCGAGGAAAACCUGUACUGCGAGAAUCAUGCCAAAGCGAGAGUGCAGCCUCCUGAGGGCUACGACGUGGUGGCUGUCUACCCCAACUCUAAAGUGGAACUGUUGUAAUCACUCCAAACAUAACCUAACAUCUUUCUCAGAUCUAAGGUCUCGACCACAACUAAUUCUACUCAUCCACUUAUCAGUUAACCAGGAUUGAGAAUCACUAACUAAUACGUGUAUGAAUAUUUACACACUUACAUAAAAACACAUAAAUACAGAUACAUACACUUUCAAUAUCUGAGCUUUUUCUUCACUUGUAACCGUGGCUCAAGCAGUUCAUUUCUGUUUGUCCAAUAGAGGUGUUGAAAAGGUGACAUUUGACAAAGUUCUUUGUCAGCUACGUCAUGAUUACGGUUAGGCGGUAACGAAAUAAACUACUUCUAUUCAGUCCAAGAUACGAUAAAAAAACUGUAUUAUGAAUACAGUUCAGUUUUAAAAAUGUAGCUUUUUCAUUGGAUGAUACACUUUGUGUUCAAAUCCAGAACUAUCUGUGACGUGCCUUAGGUGUUGUGUUAUUGUUUCCAAUUAUACAAAGCUCGUCACCUUGCCAGCUGACUAAAAGCAGGUCUCAAAAUGAAUAAUCAAAAACAAUAAAAAAAGCAGCGCUAA